UGGUAUAAUACAACUUAGCAGCAGAAUGCGCGGGAAGAGACUUCCGUUACUGUGUUUAAGGUAAAAUUAUUGCAAAAAACUGAAGAUAAAAAGAGUAUGCAAGCUUUUUUAAAAACUGGUAAAUUAGGUCCCGGCGAGUCCAAAAAAGUUUCGAAUUCACGUUCAAAAGAAGAACGUAAUGGUCCCGCACCGCCAUGGGUCGAGAAAUAUCGUCCAAAAAACGUAGAAGAUGUUGUUGAACAAACAGAAGUAGUAGAGGUAUUACGACAAUGUUUAAAAGGAGGUGAUUUUCCAAAUUUAUUAUUUUAUGGUCCACCUGGAACUGGUAAAACAAGUACUAUAUUAGCUGCAGCUAGACAAUUAUUUGGUAGUCUUUAUAAAGAAAGAGUAUUAGAAUUAAAUGCUUCUGAUGAACGGGGAAUUCAAGUUGUAAGAGAAAAAAUCAAGUCUUUUGCACAACUUACAGCAGGUGGUAUGAGAGAUGAUGGAAAAAGUUGUCCUCCUUUCAAAAUUAUUGUCUUAGAUGAAGCAGAUAGUAUGACUGGUGCAGCACAAGCUGCACUUCGUCGUACUAUGGAGAAAGAAUCUCAUAGUACUAGAUUUUGUUUGAUUUGUAAUUAUGUAUCAAGAAUCAUAGAACCUUUGACUUCUCGUUGUACAAAAUUCAGAUUUAAACCAUUGGGAGAAAAUAAAAUUAUUGAGAGAUUAGAAUAUAUAUGUAAAGAGGAAGAUUUAAAGGUAGAAAAACCUGUUUUAUUAAAAAUUGUUGAAGUUUCGGGUGGAGAUUUAAGACGUGCCAUAACAUGUUUACAAUCAAUUACAAAAUUAAAAGGCAAGGACAUUGAAAUUACUGUUGAUGAUGUACUUGAAAUCAUUGGGAUUGUACCUGACAAAUGGUUGGAUGAAUUAAUAGAUGUAUGUAAAACGAAGGAUUAUAGCAAAGCAGAAGAAUUUGUCGAUCAAUUUAUGUUAGAAGCAUAUGCUACAUCCCAGGUUAUUGAACAACUUAGUGAAAGAAUUAUAUAUUCCAAUGAAUUAACAGAUAAACAGAAAGCUUUAAUUGCAGAUACACUUGGGGAAUGUAAUUAUAGACUGUUAGAUGGUGGAAAUGAAUAUAUACAACUUAUCAAUAUUUGUUGCGGUAUUAUAAAAGCUUAUGAAUUAGUAUAACUAUUAUAUUUUUUCAAAUUUUUAUUUUAUAUCAAUAAAUAUUUAUUAUUUUUUUUACAUA